UGCGCGCGCGCCAGUUGUACCAGUGCUUCGGUGGUCACGUUACCUAUAAAAUUGUACGAUGUUUUUUAACGUGAUCGCGUGCGCUAUAUUUACAUUACUAUGUACCGCACAAGCAGGAUUACCAGCUAAGAUUAACAAUAUCCAAACUCUGGAUCUACCACUGUUUUACAGACAUGGUGGGAAUCGUGCAGGUGCUGACAGGCCGCUAGUAAAGGAAGUCAAUGUUCCGCCAAGUCCACCACCUGUCAACGAGCAGUACCCAUCAGCGGUUCUUUUCGGCAGGACAUGCGGGGGUACCAUCAUCAGCCCCACAUGGAUCCUGACUGCUGCGCACUGCACGUUAUUUACCGGUGGUAGAGACGUGCUUGCCGGCACUAACAACACAGAAAAUGAAACUGGCGUACGAGUCCGCGUGAAACGACUAUUCAUACACCCAAAGUUCACCGUGGGGCCAUACUGGCUGGAUGCUGAACAAUACGGAAUCAAGCAGGUGGGUGCCCGCUGGGACUUUCUGCUGGCGGAGUUAAAGGAACCUCUCCCACUAAACGGAAAAACAAUUGUAGCAGCACGCUUGGACGACCGCGCCAGGAUACCUGCGGGAGAAGAUGUCGGCUAUGCAGGCUACGGCGCGGCAGUUCAUGGGGACACAAUGCGCGAAGAUAUGCACGGCAUGGACCUCGAGGUGCUUGACGAUAGCGAAUGCUCCUCACUGAUAGAGUUCGACAAAACCGACAUGGUUUGCACAAAAGGACGGCCACCUCGCUUUGACUCUGCCUGCAAUGGUGACAGCGGCAGUGGUCUGAUCAGCAGUGGCAGCAUCAUUGGAGUGGCAUCAUGGGUGGAAGACGACUCCACAACCUGCAGUCCCGGCAAGAGGGUCAUCUUCUCCAGAGUAUCCGCCGCACGCGACUGGAUCCGACAAGUUACAAAGAUAUAGACUGUAUUCGUGGCUAAAACUUAAUUCUAACCAAAAAAUAUUACAAGAAUAUCCAUCUAAACAUUGGGUAACCAAGCGCUCAGUAGUGCCAAUCUGUUGUAUAGUUAUCUCGAAAUUAAACUUAAUUGACUAGUUUAAAGUAGGUACCUACUGCUAUCCAAGUGUUCUUCGUAGAAAAAGAUAACACCUUGUUUUAAACUUGUUAACUUUGUUUAGACAUCCGCAUGGGCAAAUAGAUUAAGCGUUCUAUGGUGAGUAAAAAACACAAAAGGAAUUGACUAAAUUCAUCUUUGAUAAAAAGUAAAUGAGUAGUUCAGAUGUAGGAACCAAAGAAUUAUUGGGAUACGUUAACUGUUAGGUCUAAAUAUAAGUCCAUAAGACGCGAGACUUGAAAGUUGGCCCUAGGUACGUAAUUCUUAUGUUCUUAACGUUUCUACGAUUUGUUUUUGUAGACGCGUUAGGAGUUAGGACGCAAUUAUUUGUAGCGCUUAUAAAAACUACCAACGUGGCAAUGGCGAGGCACUAGCUCGGCGAACCGAUGGACGUUGGGGUCCCAAGUUGCUGGGAUGGCGACGCAGUUGGUCGGCCCUUACGAGUCGCUGGGAGCUGCUGGAAACCAGCGGCCCAGGACCGUGGAUAUUGGAACUACACAAGACCUAUGUCGAGCCGUAGACGUCAAACAAUUAAAAAGAUUAUGAUGAUGAUGACGAUAAAAACUUUAACCAUUAAUAAAAAAGGUUUUUUUAAAGUAGACUAGUUAAUUAUUUCUCUCUUGUUUGCUAUCGCUAUACUAAAUUCAAAUUCAGAAAAAAUCUUUGUUUUUUUUAUUUUUGAAAACGUAAAUAAAACUUAUUUUAGGUAUGUCAUUUUCAUUCGCGAGUUCAUGGCACAAAUACUUUCCAAAUAAUAUACAUAAAUGUCUAUAAUAUGUACUCUGAAAGAUUUUCUUUCACAUCCUACCCAAAUCUCCUCGUCUUAUCUUUGGGUACCCACCAAGGUACUUAAACAAAACCUAGUCAGAUGCAAAUGUUCUACCAUCUUCAGUUCUUUCCUCGAUUACCAAUAAAACAUUCUUUGUUGCCUUUGAACAGAUUGUACAUUUAAUUGAAUAAUUAUAAUGCUUAUUCAUUUAUUUGAUUUUAUAAUUGUUUAAAAUAUUUGGCCUAUUUUUUUUAAUGUGCUAAUACCUUCAAUGUGUUGUGAUAAUUAAUAAUAAAUAAUACCAAGGGUUAAACCUAAGUACUGAUAAAAUAUAGUAAUAAGGAAAUACUUA